CUUUGGGAGUAUGCGAGCAGGCGUGUGGGUGAAAGUGGGUGUCGCUAUGUGCUUGUUGUUCGUUGAGCUCCAGAAUGAUCACACAAGACAAGGAAGGUAUUCUGGGUUGUGCGCCUUAUAUGAGUCAACAACUGAAGAGUCGGAGACCUCUGGAAACACAUCUGUGACCGUCCCGCUGUCGGCUUUGAUCGGAAGCCUUUUGUAAGGUUGGACUAAGCUUGCCAAACGACCACAUAAUGUAUCCGAAUCCAAGCUGUGUGUGUGCCGCGGUACUCUGACCCGCUCUGAUCUCAGUUACCUAUGGCGGGACCAGCAAAGAGUACACCGCUCAACUACCAAAGACCCCGAAUCUUGAUAUCUGAGAAAUGGUAACAAAUGAACGACACGGAAAAGAACAUGGCUGAGAGGGCCAGUAAAUUUCUGUUCAUCGUCGUCGGAUCAGUAUUCUUUAUGCUGAUUUUGUACCAGUACGUGGCUCCCGGUGUGAUCAACUUCGGAUCUCCACACGGGUACCUCGCUGAGGAAGACAUGACAAUCUUUCCAACUCCGGAUCCUCACUAUGUAAAAAAGUACUAUUUCCCUAUAAAAGACUUGGAGCGCUCUGUGGAUUUUGAAAUAAAAGGGGAAGACGUGAUUGUAUUUCUUCACAUUCAGAAAACCGGCGGCACCACUUUCGGCAGGCAUUUGGUUCAAAAUGUAAGGCUAGAACUUCCAUGUGAUUGUAGACCAGGGCAGAAAAAGUGUACUUGCUACCGUCCUAACAGAAAAGAAACCUGGCUUUUCUCGCGGUUCUCUACCGGGUGGAGUUGUGGGUUACAUGCAGACUGGACUGAACUUACCAACUGCGUUCCCGGAGUCCUCAACAAAAAGGAAAACAAAACGAAGAAACUGAGGAAGUUCUACUACAUCACGCUGCUGCGGGACCCAGUGUCCCGCUACCUGAGCGAGUGGCGGCACGUGCAGCGAGGUGCCACGUGGAAGACGUCGCUGCACAUGUGCGACGGGCGCACGCCCACCCCCGACGAGCUGCCGCCCUGCUACGAGGGGGCCGACUGGGCCGGCUGCACGCUGCAGCAGUUCAUGGAGUGCCCGUACAACCUGGCCAACAACCGGCAGGUGCGCAUGCUGGCCGACCUCAGCCUGGUGGGCUGCUACAACCUGUCGAUGCUGCCCGAGCGCACGCGGUCCCAGAUCCUGCUGGAGUCGGCCAAGAAGAACCUGCGCGACAUGGCCUUCUUCGGCCUGACCGAGUUCCAGCGCAAGACGCAGUACCUGUUCGAGCGCACCUUCCGCCUGCGCUUCAUCCGCCCGUUCGUGCAGUACAACAGCACGCGGGCGGCCGGCGUGGAUCUGGACAACGGCACCGUGCAGCGCAUUGAGGAGCUGAACGAGCUGGACAUGAGGCUCUACGACUAUGCCAAGGACCUGUUUGCACAGCGCUACCAGCACGCGCACGCCCUGGAGCGCCGCGAGCGGCGGCGGACGCAGCUGCUGCGCGGCCCCGCCGCCCGCCGCGGGGCGCCCCGGGACGAGGGCACAGGAGGGGAGGGCACGGCACGCCUGCCCACCGAGGACUACAUGAACCAGAUUGUCAGCGGAUGGUAG